AGAGAAUAAAAACUGAAACACGCACCCUUCGGAGCUGGACACACCAGGCACGCAGGCAAGACACAAUACACAUUACAUUACACACACAGCUCAGAAGGAAAGAACUCGCAUCUGUAUCUCUUUUCGAAUCAUUUUCUCUCUCUCUCUCUCUCUCUCUAUACAUUUACGUUACAUAAUCCUUCACACACUAUAUAUACCAUAUCAUACUUCAUAUACAAUUCAACCUCUUUUCUCCUCUCUCUCUUCUUGAGUUCAAUUCAUGGCAUCUCAAGCAAGCCUCCUCCUCCAGAAGCAACUCAAAGAUCUUUGCAAGAACCCUGUCGAUGGCUUUUCUGCUGGUUUGGUCGACGAAACCAACAUUUUCGAAUGGAGCGUUACCAUAAUUGGACCCCCUGAUACUCUUUACGAUGGGGGAUUUUUCAACGCCAUUAUGAGCUUUCCACCCAACUACCCAAAUAGCCCGCCAUCAAUGAAAUUUACCUCUGAAAUAUGGCAUCCCAAUGUUUAUCCUGAUGGGCGAGUUUGCAUAUCAAUUCUUCAUCCUCCUGGUGAUGACCCAAAUGGUUAUGAGCUUGCAAGUGAGCGCUGGACACCUGUUCAUACAGUAGAGAGUAUAGUCCUAAGUAUCAUAUCAAUGCUUUCCAGUCCUAAUGAUGAAUCCCCUGCUAAUGUUGAAGCUGCGAAGGAGUGGAGGGAGAGCAGAGAUGAAUUCAAGAAGAAGGUUAGCCGUUGUGUGCGGAAAUCACAAGAAAUGUUGUGAUCUACAGCUCCUGCUUUUGUGAACGAAAGGAUAUACAACUCUGUAUGGAUUGAUUCACCUGUUACUGAGUAGACAAGUGGUCAUUUGUCUUGGAAAAACCAACUGUAUUCUAAGUGCUUGGCCAGAGUGUUUGGUGACUAGUUAUUGGAAAUUUAGUUUGUUCAUUUGCAUGACCUUAUUGUUAAAAUCUUUGAUUAGGUGCAAAGUUUUGCCUUUUGCUGAAUAUUUUGAUUGUGGAUGGAUGGAUGUUGCAUUCUGAAUUUUGUCAUUGCCUGUGUUAAAUAUAGGCUUCUUUACCUGUAUAUUGCUGUUUUGCCUA